UUAAUGCAGAUCAGCUGAUUGAUGGUGAUAACUAGUCCCAAACACUGCUGGUUUCUAGUGAGCUGGCAGUCAGUUUAAUGUUAGGAAACCUGGUGAGAGUCACUAAUUAUAACGCUAGGAAACAAACAACAGUUUAAGCACACAUACUAACCUGUUUGUAAUGUAUUUAUAGAAAAUAGUUAGUGUUAAUUAGCAAAGUCUCAUUCAACACUAAAGAAAGGACUACAAAUCCGUAUUAAAUUAGGACCGGUGAACUCCACUGAUUCGGCUAGAUUUCUUUCUAUCGGUCUUUCUUCUCCCAGUUUCUCAUGGCCCUGAAGCUGAAACGAAGGCGAGAAUUAAGCACGCUGAGGACAGAGGAGAGCAGAGCUCGUUGGAGAUUGACCAUCAUAACUGUCUGCUGUGUGCUUGUCAUACUGGCAUCCUUGAUAGUGGGGUUGUACUUUACCAUUAGGACCGUGAAUAGCAAGUUUUUCUUCUGCUCUGGCUCAAUGAGGUUCAUUUCAAUAGAGAAGUCAUGUGAUGGCAAGGCUGACUGCUCAGGUGGUGAGGACGAGAUCGCAUGUGUAUCCAAACUGCGGACCAAUGGCACGUAUCCAGUGAGGCUGAUGGGGGAUAGACUGGUCCUGCAGGUGUUCAUCAAUGAGGGUGGCUGGAGAACAGUGUGUGCUGAGAACUGGAGAACGAAGCACACACGCUUAACCUGUCAAAAACUGGGCUAUACAGCGAGUCCGCGAAGUACACGAGUCCCGGUGAAGAGUCUGCUCUUCAACCCUAACAAUGCAUUUGCUACAGUAAGCAAUGACUCAACAAGCUCUGACAUCCAGAGUUUCCUCUCAGUCAGCGAUAAAUGUUCAGCUGGCUCAGUGGUGUCUGUGUCCUGCUCAGACUGUGGGGAGGUGGAGGGAGAGGACCGUAUUGUUAAUGGGGAGGACACCGCAAUCGAACACUGGCCGUGGCAGGUUAGUCUUCAAUGGAACCGCCAGCACAAGUGUGGAGGAGCGUUACUGUCCAGGCAAUGGAUCGUUUCAGCUGCUCACUGUUUUACAAGCCGGACACGAGAGCUGAGUCGAUGGACUGUGGUGUUAGGUCAGACCCAACUGACGGCAUCCAGGGGUGUCCGUGUAGAGACGAUUGUGAUCCACAAGGACUACAGCCGCUUGAGUAAUGACUAUGACAUCGCCAUGCUAAAACUCACCUGGCCUGUCAAAACUGGGGAAUUGAUCUUGCCAGUUUGUUUACCCCCACACCAGUUGUCUGUGAAGGAGAUGCUUGUGGUGACUGGGUGGGGAUUGCUAAAUGAAAAAGGGGGGCAUCCCUCGGUGCUGCAGAAAGCUUCAGUGCCACUGAUUGACCGGUCAGAGUGUUCAAAGCCCUCUGUUUAUGGUUCCGCCAUUACUCGCAGAAUGCUUUGUGCUGGAUUCCUCGAAGGAAAUAUAGAUGCGUGUCAGGGGGACAGUGGGGGUCCGCUCGUGUACCUUUCAUCUCGAUGGCAGUUAUUGGGCAUAGUGAGCUGGGGUGUGGGCUGUGCACGGGAGGGAAAGCCUGGAGUUUACACUGAUGUUAGUCAACUUCUUGACUGGAUCUACACUGUAAUGGAGAGACAUCCAUGAGGACGAGGAGGUGAAUAAUGGAUGUGAAUCUCUUCAUGCUAUCAUCCCACAAAGGAGAAAAGACAAUCACCUUAAAGUGUCAAAACAGAAAUAAGUGUUAGUGAAUAUAGGGAUCAUUCAAUUUUAUGAUAAAUUUGACCAGUAUGGUCAAAACGUAUGCUUUUUUUUAAAUCGCACUUGUUCAUUGGAAGUAUAGCACUAUGGCAAUUUUCCAGUUAUUUUGCUGUAUGUUCACUGUAAAGCAAUUAAAAUACUGUAAAUGUUUUAACUUUUUUCUAAACCAAAAGCAUGUAGAAGGCAACAAAUAAAUAAAGCAUGAUACAUUUA